AUGACUGAGGUUCGCGGCACAGGUGGUAUGCUCACCCAGGCUGAGGAGGGCAUGAAACUUUUUGCUGCACAGAACGGUGUUGCUGCAGAAAUUGACAAGGCAGCAGCUGAGGCGUACAAGGCGGACAUCGAAGCUCGCAUCUCAACAUUGGAAGCUGCAGCUGCCACUUUGACCGGCAAGGACAACAAGAAGGAAAGAGCUGCGAAGGGCAAAGAAGUUGCAGAAUUGAAAGCUGAGCAGCGAUACGUAGAUGCUUGCAAGAUCGUGAAGGGGCUGGAUCCCAAGUUUGGCAACUUCAUCACUAAAGCAGCAGAAGUUCCUGUUGCAGAAAAGCCUGAAGUCAUCGAGGAGGCACAGGCAAAGCCGGACAAAGCCAAGAAGGACAGCAAGAAAGAUAUCAAAAAGGAAUCUGCUGGACUGAGCCCGGCUGAGACAAAGGAAUUGGAGGAGUUGAAGCAAGGCAUUGUUGAAAGGAAGGCCAUCUUGAAGGAGCAGGGACUGAGUGGCGGUCAGCAGAACAAGGAUGAGGAGGUGGUGAAAAUGGUAGCCCGCAUGAAUGAGCUUAAGGAGAAGCAGGACCCAGGCAGCACCAAGAAGGAGAAAGAUGCCAAGAAGGACUCCAAGAAGAAGACGCCACUGAGCGCCGAGGAGCAAAAGGAAUUUGCGCAGCUCCAAAACGAGAUUGAAGUGUACAAGGCCAAGCUGAGAAGCGAAUUCGGCUACAGACCCUGGGCUGAAAGUUCUGCCAUGGGCAACAAAGAUAUGAAGGCAGAUCCGGAUCUCAAGGAUAUGGAAGCGCGACUGGCUGCCUUUGAGAAGCGCAGAGACCCAGCGGACCCACAAGAUCCUGUGGCAAAGCUUGGCAAAGCGUGGCGGUUAGCGCCAGAAUCCACGGGCGUGGUGCUGAACCGCUCUGCCCCGGAGAUCGUGUCUUGUGCACGGCGGCGGCUGGAGGGCGCGUUGACCACGCUACGGGAAGCAAAUUCUGAGCUCCGGGAGGCGCAGGCAGAUUUGCGCGCCUAUCCGGUGCCGGAGUACUUGGCGCCUGCGCAAGAGCAGGGUGCGAUCAUGAUUGGUGUCACAGGAUAUCCAGGUGUUGGAAAGUCUUCCUGGGUCAAUGCCGUGCGACGGGUUUCUUCGCCCAAUGACCCUGAUUUCGCAGAGCUUUGCGUGGAUGGGCCUACUAUGGAGCCGCAAAUGUACCGGUUUCCUGCACACCAUGCUGGGUUGACCACGCUCCUCUUGUGGGCGCCAUGGCAUCCUCCCAGCGUACACCUCACAAAGGUCUUGGAGGCAGUGGCAAAGGAGCAGAAGUCCGCGCGCUUUGCGAAGGCCAAUGUGGAUCUUUGUGUGUCUCUGGCGAAUUCCAUGGGAGCUGAACAAGUGCCAUUUGUGGUCUUCCUGAAUCCUGAGGGAGUGAAGAUCGAUUCUUUGGCAGGAGCGGAUCCUCCCAGAUUGGUGGAAAAAAUCAAGUCAUUGUCAUCGAAGACUAUGGAAGUUCCAGUUUCCAAUGGUGCUGCAGAUCUCAACAGCAGACUGAAGGCACUGGUGAACUUCUCUCCAGUCAUGUUGUUCAUGAAGGGGAACAAAACAGAGCCACAGUGCAAGUUCUCCAGGCAGGCCAUCGAAAUGAUGCAGAAACACAAGGUGGAAUACUCCACUUUCGACAUCCUGCAGGAUGAAGAAGUGCGGCAAGGUUUGAAAGAGUACUCCAACUGGAAGACCUAUCCGCAGCUCUACGUGAACGGAGAGUUGGUUGGUGGAGUUGAUUUGAUGAAGGAGAUGGAGGAAGAUGGCUCACUGUCAGAGAUGCUUGGAGCUGCCCAGCCUUUGCAGGAGAGGUUGAAGUCAUUGAUUUGCCAAGCUCCGGUGAUGCUCUUUAUGAAGGGUAAUCCCGAGACCCCACGCUGCGGAUUCUCCCGCAAAAUGGUGGAUCUAUUAAAUGAGCAUGGCGUCGAGUUUGACACGUUCGAUAUUCUUUCCGAUGAGGAAGUGCGACAAGGACUGAAAGAUUACUCCAAUUGGCCAACUUAUCCCCAGCUUUAUGCAAAGGGGAAACUUCUUGGCGGCCUUGACAUCAUCAAAGAAUUGGCGGAGGAAGGUUCACUGACAGACGAGCUGACUAACAAACCAUGCGUCAUUUGGGACUUGCCAGGAGUUGGCACUGCAGGCUUCCCUGCGGAGACAUAUUUGCAGAAUUUGGGAAUCAGACACUUCGAUGUGGUCGUUCUCAUCACGGAUCAGAGAUUUACGGAGGCUGAGCUUUUGUUGCUUGAUGACUUGCGACAUUGGAAUGUGCCCUUCUUCAUGGUCCGGAACAAAAUAGACCUUGAUGUCCAGCGUGAACUCGAAUCAGAGCAGGAGGUUUUGGACAACCGAGGCUUUGGAGACAAGCUGGACAAUGAAGAAAGAAGAGACAUCGUCCGGGAAACCUUGAUAAACGUCAAGGAAGACUUAUCAAUUCUUCACCACGUGGACAGCGUUUAUUGCAUAUCUGCUAUCAAAGAGUUUUGGCAUUCGUUUGACUUCCCUCGCCUGGAGCAGGAUCUCACUGUGGCCCUGAGACGGCAGCGAGCCAGUGAGGAAGGGUCCGUGGAGCUGGUCGAGGGAUGA